AUGUCCACAUCCUCAAGUGCUCCAUUUCUCCUUAUCGAUGAUAUGCCAAUGGUUGGUCGCGCGAAGGAGUCCCGGGUCGAUCUUCUCAUUGAUAUCCUGCUGCGGCAACAAGAACCCCAAACAAACAAAAGCUCAAUCGAAAGUAUAACUUCAACGUCCUCUAGCUCAACGAAAAUCAACGAGGGUUCCCUUCCCCAUUUCAAUGAAAUGACGCGGCGCCCCAUGCUUCUCCUAGUUCCCUCCUUCCCUGGUCGUGCUCCAGACCACUCAGAGCCCCGCAGCUGCCCCCUUUCCUCAUUUGGCCCAAGCGCCCCAUUGUGUGCUGUCUACGCCUUCGAUACAACACUGCAUAUCGAGUUACCCGGGGGGGAGGGACACGCAAGCCCGUCGCGAGCAAGAUUGCCCGCGCUGCGAAUUGAUGAGUUCAGGCCGCUCCGAUCCCCGUGGACGCACGCGAUCAACACCAAGGAGAUCGGAUUAUGCAAACCACGUGUGAACGAUGCGCGUUGA